AGGGCUAAAAGAGAAAUCUGUAAACGCUACAAAAGGCCUUGAUAGGUCAGAGUUGAUGGCUGGCAAUGACGUCAGCCUGGCUGAGGGGGUUAUAUAGAGCCUCGGCGUCUGCCUGCUUAAUAGGCUGCUUCUCUCUAAACUACUGGAAGAGGACAACACAGAAAACGAGAACAACAAAACGCCAAUAUGAAACUAUACCUGGCUGUUGCCAUUUUGAUGCUUGUGCUGAUCGCACACUCUGAGGCUGUUGAGGAGCCCACAAUUGAGCAGCACUUUGCCAAUUUUCAUGCAAAACUCAAAGAUUUGGGAGAGGGCUUGAGCGAAAAGGCCUCAUCUGUCUUCGAACAUUUUCAGAACAGUGACCUCGCCACCAAGACGACGAGUUGGUUUGCUGAGCACUUUGAGAAGUUGAAGCAGGGUAUUCAUGAGACCUUCAACACCCCUGAAUAAACCUUGUGAUCCCUGCCAACGGGAUGUCUGAGUAUCCAUGCCUCAUUGUGCUUGACAGACACAACCUGUUACAACCUCUACAACAUGAUGAUCUGCUCACUGAUGAUCUGUGCAAUAUCUUGUCAUUUAAAAAAAAAUCCCAAUGCUUUCAACUUCUGAAAAUGUUCCAAUAAAUCAUGGAAACUUUGCAAGCAAUUAAAAAGGAAUGAAUCCUG